AUGGAGGGACCGUCAACUAUAACGUGGAGAAAUGAUUACACAGCACUCAAGACGCCGGUCGUCGACAUAGGCGGCAGCCCAGGAAGUCAGUUUUUGACUCACAAGGCCACACCGUCCGUAGCUAUUCAUGUCGUUCGCUUCUUCAUUGCGCUGGGCAUCGCUGUGUUCAUCUUCGGAAACAUUGCGACGUGGGCACCAAUGUAUGAGCUCCAGUUGUUGAACACGAUGCAAGACUGGUGGAACGGGUACCCGAACAUGCCCGACAUGGGCAGCCACAGCCACGCUCUCUUGGACACGGGCAUUGGACGGAACAUCACGGAGACGGGUCACACGGAGAUGAUUCGUCCGACGUUCCUCUUCAUCUUCUGCAUCUUUCCUUUUAUUGUCAGUGUCCUGCUCAUUGAAUACUUGCGCCACAUCAAUACAGCUCGACGCCUGACGUCGACGCUGAUCUGGCGCUUUGCCAUGCUCAUGCGUCGUAAGCCAAAGUUCCCGGUACUCGGUGUAUCGCGGUUCUCGGUGGGUGAGUGGAUUUUUGGAGUCGUGUACGUGCUCGGUGGCAAUGGUCUCUGCUGGUACUUUCAGUGGGACCGCCGCAUCGACAUGGCUACGGAGGCCGGCACUCUGGACACGACCAAGUACUGGAACAUCGUCGGUAUCAGCUCCUCGUACUUGUGUAUUUACAACAUGGCGUUUCUCCUCCUGCCUGUCACGAGAAAUUGUGGCUGGAUGGAGUUUUUCAACAUCUCGUACGCCAAUGGGGUCAAGUUCCACCGCUGGAUAGGAUUCAUGACGGUUUUUACGGCUGUCGUGCACAUGGCUGGGUACUGGGGCUCUUGGGUCCGAAAGGGCCAGUGGCAGGUCAACCAGCUACCGUGCCUUAACUGCGACUUCACGCUGGACAAUUCGGGAGGCGGCUAUUACGCCUGGUUCAACGUCUUUGGCUUCGUGUCCACGCUCGCACUCGUGCUUAUGAUCCCGACCUCGUUUCCCAUUGUCCGCCGUAAAGCCUACGAGUGGUUCUACAUCUCGCACUGGGUGCUGUUCGUUAUCGCCGUGUUCUUUGCAAUCCUGCACUGGGCUCAGAUCAUCUGGUGGAUUCUGCCGUCAGGCUGCGUGUGGUUCGUUAGUCGGACUGUUUCCAGCUGGAAUGCCAUGACUCCCGUCUCAGUAAAAGAGUUUCUGGUCGUUGGCGAUGGUGACGAUGAGCUGGUCAAGAUCGUCGUGAAGCGUACUGCACCAGGAACAUCCCCCUCGUCGUCGUCGUAUGACUACAAGGUCGGCAAUUUUGUCUAUUUGAAUGUACCUCAUAUCUCGAAGCUCCAGUGGCACGCGUUCACUAUUGCGUCUUCUCCAAAGUCGAGCGCCACCGACGUCGUUCUGUUGGUCAAGCCUCUCGGAGACUGGUCGAAGACAUUAGUGCAGUACGCCUUGGUCUGCCACCAUGACAACAUCGCACCGCUGAUGUACAUGGACGGUUUCUAUGGCGCCUCGCUGGAACUGUACGAAGACUACUCUACCGUCUGCUUAGUCGGCGGAGGUAUCGGUGUGACUCCUGUCCUGGCCAUUUUGGAUGAACUUGCUGCCAAGCUGUCCUGCAACAGGGUCUCGUGGAGUCAGCGUUUCACCUUUAUCUUCACAUUCCGUGAGCUGAGCGUGCUCCAGACAGUUGCGCCCGUGCUUGCAAAGCUUCGUCAGUUGGAUCCGCACGAGCAGUUCUUCCGCUCCCACCUGUUUGCAACGGGCACCUACUCGGACAGUGAUCUCACCCGGAGAUUGGACAUCCUGCCGAUGGAAGAAACCUUGGAUGGAGCAGCGAUAAAGUCCACGAGUCGAGAAGCUCGACCAUUCUACGAGCCAUUGCGCUCAAGCAACCUGAUGCGCUUCGUCAUGCUUCUUACGUUGUACGUUGUGUCUAUUGCAGUUGUGUUUGCUGUCCGAUGGGGAAACGGUAUCAUCCAGGGCGAAGACCGCUUCGAGUUGUGGCCGCUUGAGCGUGCAUUCCAGCUGACGAUGUUCUGCUUGACAAUCAUCGUCGUUUACGCUUUCGUAUACUACGAGUACAAGACGUUUUGCCGCCGCCACGCAACGACCGAGUCAGUGCCAAUGGCAUCAGCAUUUUAUCCGUCCAACGCCACUGUUUUUGGAGGAGACGUCCACUCUGUCGGCGACCUACUUCGUCACUUCAACGCCAAGAUGAACGAGCGCCCUAACAUGCAGUACCUGCUCCAGCAGACUCUAGAGAUCCACAAGAUGGAUGACAGCUCGGCGAGUGUUUUGCCCGUGGUCGGCGUCAUUGUUUCAGGCCCCGAGUCAUUGAAGAUUGCAACGAACGAGGCCGUUUUCGCUCUGGGUGGAGGCCACUUUGACGUGCACGAAGAGGAGUUUGAGUUGUAG